CAUGUUGCUGUACUUUGCGAGCGACACUUCCGUUUUGUUUGGCUUUUUUAUCACCUGAGUCGGUGGAUGGUCCUUUGCAAUACGGAGUGUGCUCCGGCUGAUGGAGCGCCUCCAGGCAACAACCACGGGCCCAUAGGGAGCCCAGAAGGACCGGUCAGUUGGAGAUGUGUCGCUCUGGCCGGGAUAGAACGAUGGAUGUGGCUAGCAAGGCCAAGCUCCCUCGCAUCUUUGCCUUCCUGACCCUGUGGCUACACGGGAAACGCCGCGAGGAGCCUUGCCGCCUGACGCUGCUUUCUCCAGGCAAUGUCAGCAACCCGAAAGAUGGCUCUGUCCAAGAAUACACCAUCACAUACCUUGUGAAAGAAGGGUCUGAGAAGGCGGAUCAAUCCCACUUUGAGCUGCUUAAAGUCCUAGGACAGGGGUCUUUUGGCAAAGUUUUCCUUGUCCGAAAAAUCACCCCUCCAGAUAAUGGGCAACUCUAUGCCAUGAAGGUCCUGAAGAAAGCAACGCUGAAAGUCCGAGACCGUGUCAGGACAAAAAUGGAAAGGGACAUUCUGGUGGAAGUCAACCACCCGUUCAUUGUGAAACUCCAUUACGCCUUCCAGACAGAAGGGAAAUUGUACCUUAUCCUUGAUUUCCUCAGAGGAGGAGACCUCUUCAUGCGCCUUUCCAAAGAAGUCAUGUUCACUGAAGAGGAUGUGAAGUUCUACCUUGCAGAGCUGGCGCUGGGCCUCGGCCAUUUGCACCGCCUGGGAAUUGUCUACAGGGACCUUAAACCAGAGAAUAUUCUCUUGGACGACGAAGGACAUAUCAAGCUCACAGACUUUGGUUUGAGCAAAGAAGCCAUCGACCACGAGAAGAAGGCCUACUCCUUCUGCGGGACCGUGGAGUACAUGGCCCCGGAAGUGGUGAAUCGCCAGGGCCAUACUCAGAGCGCCGAUUGGUGGUCCUAUGGGGUGUUAAUGUUUGAGAUGUUGACGGGGGCCCUGCCAUUCCAAGGGAAGGACCGGAAAGAGACCAUGACGCUCAUCCUCAAAGCGAAGCUGGGCAUGCCCCAAUUCCUGAGCGCUGAAGCACAGAGUCUCCUGCGAUCCCUUUUCAAGAGGAACCCAGCCAACCGGUUAGGGUCUGGUUCGGACGGUGUGGAGGAAAUCAAGCGACACCCUUUUUAUUCCACCAUUGACUGGAAUAAGCUCUUUCGUAGAGAAAUCAAGCCGCCUUUCAAGCCUGCCGUGGGUCGUCCUGAUGAUACUUUUUACUUUGACAAAGAGUUUACCUCCCGCACACCAAAAGAUUCACCUGGGAUCCCACCAAGCGCAGGGGCCCAUCAGCUCUUCCGUGGCUUCAGUUUUGUGGCUUCUGGCACAAUAGAGGAUGAGAAGGCCAAAUCCCCAACAGUGCCUUUACAUUCUGCCGUCCAGCAACUCCAUGGCAAGAACCUACAGUUCAGUGACGGUUACGUUGUGAAGGAGGCCAUCGGUGUUGGUUCCUACUCCGUGUGCAAGCGCUGCGUCCACAAGGCAACGAACACAGAAUACGCCGUGAAGGUGAUCGACAAAAGUAAGAGAGAUCCCUCAGAGGAGAUUGAAAUACUGCUACGAUACGGACAGCACCCAAAUAUCAUCACGCUGAAGGAUGUGUAUGACGAUGGCAAGCAUGUCUAUCUGGUGACGGAGUUGAUGAGAGGCGGGGAGCUGCUGGACAGGAUCCUCAAGCAGAAAUGCUUCUCUGAAAGGGAAGCCAGCUCCGUCCUGCACACAAUUUGUAAGACUGUGGAAUACCUUCACUCCCAAGGGGUGGUUCACAGAGACUUGAAACCUAGCAACAUCCUCUAUGUAGAUGAGUCUGUAAACCCAGAGUCCAUUCGCAUUUGUGACUUUGGCUUUGCCAAGCAGCUGAGAGCGGACAAUGGGCUCCUCAUGACCCCGUGCUAUACUGCCAACUUUGUGGCUCCAGAGGUUUUGAAACGCCAAGGGUAUGACGAAGCCUGUGAUAUUUGGAGUUUAGGGAUCCUCCUCUACACAAUGUUGGCAGGGUAUACUCCAUUUGCCAAUGGGCCCAGUGACACCCCUGAGGAAAUCCUGACUCGGAUAGGCGGAGGCAAAUUUUCGCUCCAAGGAGGGAAUUGGGACACAGUUUCUGAGGCAGCCAAGGACCUGGUAUCAAAGAUGCUCCAUAUUGAUCCUCAUCAGCGCCUGACCGCCAAGCAAGUCCUCCAGCACCUGUGGAUCACCCAGAAGGACAGGUUGCCCCAGAGCCAGCUGAGUCACCAGGAUGUACAGCUUGUCAAGGGUGCCAUGGCUGCCACAUACUCUGCACUGAACAACUCCAAGCCAGGUCCCCAGCUGAAGCCCAUCGAGUACUCCUUCCUCGCGCAGAGGCGAGUCAAGAAGCUCCCAUCGACCACACUGUGACGUGGAAAUGCUGGGUGUUCCCCAGGCCCCCCAACCAGUGCUGCUUCUCUGACAAUCUUCCUUGGAUUUCCACGGGAACAGGAGACGUUGUCCCAGCAAGACGCCGUUUUGAGGCACAUCCUCAAAUGUAUUUCCAGGGCCAAGUGCCUCCAGAUAGACUAGCUCUUGCUCUCUCUCUGGAUUCCCCUCUUUGUUUUUGUUUUCAGUGUACAGAGAAAUUAUCUGUAAAGGGAUCUAUAUCAUGCAUCUGAGAAGCUGAACACACAUCACUCUACUGCUUGUUGCCAUGACAUAGCCAGCCUCUUCAGCCUGCAAACAAGCAAGCAUUGGAUGAAUCAAUGCCUCUGAAAUGCUAACCUGGUACAACUGGAACAUGCUCUGUCCUUCUCUCUCACCAAUCAUUCUAACAGAGACUUUUUUCGUACAGGAUACCCUCUGUUUCUACAGAUGCUCUCUCUUUUACUAAUAUACGAGAUCUGAUGUGCAUGAGCAUUUUAACUUAAUGUUCCCAAUCCUUGAAGCUACGUGGCUGCAGUCCAAAAGAAUUUUGAACAAAUGUCUCUUUUCUUUCAUAAUAAUCCUAAUCCUAAUCCUAUUUUUUAUUUUUUACUCAUCUCUCAUUGAGGCAGGGUACAACACAGUUAAAAACAUAUCAUUAUACAACAUGUAAAAUAGAGAUAUUGAAAUGUAUUUCUAUGAAAUGCAUAUAUUAAAAUACAAUAAAUACAGGACAGGAGUUUAAACAUUCAUAGUUAAAAAUUGACUGGAUAGGUCUUUAAUUGCGUCUUAAAUUCCUAUGGCUGAUUUAGCUGCCAGAUCCCUUUCGGCAGGUCAUUCCACAGUCUUGGGGCAGCUGAUGAAAUGUCCUCUGGCAGGAUGGAGCAGACACUCCCCAGAGUAUGACCUGCUGAGUGCAUUGAUCCGGGAAACAACUAAGAUGGGCUUUAUAUACAACAACUACACCCUCUCCGCUCACUUUCCCUCACUUGCUCACUCACGCAGUACCUGCCUGGGAGGUCCUGAGCCCUGGUUGGACCACUAUCAUCCCCCAGCCAAGUCUCAGUAGAGCAUGCCGAGUCAGCUCUCUCAACUUUGAGGAGGUUGUAUAUUAUGUGUGUUUUAUUUUUAACCUACCUGGCAUUACUUAAGAGCAAGAUGAGGUGGGUGGCCUGACUCACUUUCCCAAGUUUCCCAGGCUGGCAGGGUGUCUGGGAAGUGAGAUGGGUGUUAAAACACCUUUCUCCCCUUCCUCUCUAAGCACAUAUAACCCUGCCUUGCCCUGUACCACUUGUAUUGCCGCCCCAUUUCCCAUAUACAUUGAAUUAAAAUCAAACAAUACAGGAACAGACAACGUCCCCAACAAAAAAAGAGAAAAGAUGAGGCAAAUAAUAAGGCAUUCAUACAACAACUUAACGCUCCCUAACAAACAAUAGAUGUGUUCGAUCAGGCCAAAUAGUUGACUAGUCUGGCAGCAUCCUACUCCUGACACGAGGCUGCCUUAUCUGCUGACUGGAUAGUAGACGCUUUACCUGCCGGGCUUGUUUGCAGCAGAAGCAAAUUCAGGCCUUUUUUUCUGCUGGCUGUCUCCUCAGUUGGUAUCCGGGGAGCCCGACCCAGAUGAUCACAGCAGUAAGUUUUUCCACCCUGCCCUCUUUGAACAUCACACUGUUGUGGACAUCCUCACUUGCCACACUGGGAUUAUUUUUUUCUAUCUCUUGUAAUGCAGUUGGCCCCUAGACCCACGCCAGGCCAUAGUUAACUUCUGAACGUGCAAUGAGCUUGUAAAAAAUGGUUUCCCCAUGGUGGGAAUGUCAUCAAGGUGGGAGGAAUGUCUUUUGUUUUUAAAACAAACUAUAGCACAAGCAAGAGCCUCAUUGUGUGAAAUGCAAAAAAAAAAAAUCAGCUUGGCUCUGUCCUUUUUUAUUUAACUGAUUCUGUGUCUGGCAACUCAGGGUUUCUGUCUGACUUUUCAAAUAAACAUGUCAUGCAACUGAA